UUUUCAUUGUUAUCUCCGUGGUGUCGGUACGCCGCCGUCGUAGUGACGCCGCAACAGUCGUUACUACUAUCUAGACCGUCGUAUUCGUCGCAGAGCCGUAGUCACUGUCUAGUCUGUUGCUGUUGUAGCCCUAUCGCCUGUGCCCCGUACCUAGUGUGUGUACCGCUUUUCGUUAUCGCCUGUCCAGCCGUUAUUGUACGCCGUCGCGCUCGUCUACCGCCGCUUCACCCCGCUACCCCUCCCGGCGCGUACCUUCACCACCGUCCGCCUGUCCCGCACCGCGCCCGCGCGUUUCACAACACUCAUUCGUUCGGCGGUUCCCGCGCUAACCGAUACGGUACGUGUCCCGGUACAGCAACAGCGAUCGAGUGUUCCCCGUGCGUGUCCGUCAGUCUGCCGCCAAAUAUUUACUCGAUCCAGUUGAUCCGUUCACCGCCGUCGUUUCCGGCAGUUGGGGCUGUUAAUUCCAUCCGUAGUUCGCCUUGAUUUCGUGCUCCAGGCCACUACAAUGCAUAAAGGAGUGGCUGAUAACGAGUAUGAGAUUGAAUCCAUUUUAUUCGAUGAUACAUAUGGGAGCAAAACAAUGUAUCUCGUUAAAUGGAAAAACUAUCCCAUGGACCAAUGCACGUGGGAACCAUAUCGAAAUCUGACAAAUUGUACCCAGGCAUUAAAUGAUUACAGAUCAAAUAAAAUAGUUGCAACUGAAAUCUACCAGACUUCACGCUAUAAAGAACUAUAUGACUCGCUAAAUAUUUUUGCAGAUCAGGAACUACUUGAAUUGUUGCACCAUGUAAUUCAGGAUGGAAUGCCUUCUGUAGAUGACAAAUUUGUUAGGGGUACAAUUGCUUAUUUAUCAACUGUAUCACCCAGUAGUAGAAGUUCGUCUUUAACUAAGCUCAUCAGACAUAAUUUAAUGAUAAUUGAAGUUGACAAAAAAAGGCAUAAACAACAAGAUAGAUUAAAUAAAUGGCAAAAUGAUAUGGCAGCAGUAUGUGGAUUUAAUAUAAGUGUACUAAACAAUGUUGACUUCGAAGGUCCGCCAAAACGUUUUUAUUAUGUGGAUGAAUGUGUGGCAGGCAAAGGCGUUGUUAUUCCGAAUGACCCUCCAGUUUGGUGCCACUGUGAUGUUACCUGCGGAGGAAAAAAACGUAAGAAAACCGAAUGUCAUUUUGGCGAUUUUCAACUCGCGUAUAAUAAAUUCAAGCGCAUCAUAGUUCCUCAAGGCACUCCUAUUUAUGAAUGUAAUAAAAAAUGUACUUGUGACGCAACUUGUGUAAAUAGAGUGGUCCAACAUGGUCCAAGCAAAAAUUUAAGACUUCAAAUAUUCCGUACUGACAAUAAUCGCGGUUGGGGAGUCAAAACAUUGUUAAGUAUAAAACAGGGUACUUACAUUACCAAAUAUACUGGUGAAGUAAUCACCAGAUCAGAAGCUGAUCAACGGGCUGUCACCCAUGGAUCAAAGUCAACAUACUUGUUUGAUCUUGACUACAAUACUGAGAAAAAUGAUAGUGUUUAUUCUAUUGAUGCUACUACUUAUGGUAAUGUAUCACAUUUUAUAAAUCAUUCGUGCGAUUCUAAUCUGGCCAUAUUUGCUGUAUGGAUUGAUUGCUUGGAUACUAAUAUACCAACUCUGGCAUUAUUCGCGUCUAGAAAUAUUAGUGCAGGUGAAGAGAUUACAUUCAAUUAUAUGACUUCUGUCAACAAUGAAAAUCGGAGAAUUAAAUGUAAAUGUUUAUCUGAUAAUUGCCGUGGUUACCUUUGUUAGUAUAAAUAAUUUUAUAUUCAUACCAUCUAACACAAAUUUAGAAUUUUAAUUGACUAUUUGAUACUUUUUUUAUUAUUAUUUAUUCUCAGAUAGCAUUGCUCAUUAUAAAAAAAGUUCAAGUUGAAAUUAAUUUUGUACAGUUUUUGGCUAAAAAAAGGGUUAUUUAGAUGUAUAUAAUGUAAAUUUUACUGAUUUAAAUGAAAAGACAAAAUAUUAUGUCUUAAUAGUAGGUACAUCAUAAAUUUUUUUCAGUCGUAGCAGACAUAAGUUUAUUUUAUUGGCAUUUAAAAUGAUAAGAUUACUAUUUUGAGUUUAAUUUUUUUUCACUUCUAAAUAUUUGUUUUUGAACUGAAUUCUCAAUAAGACAGUUGAUAUAAUUUUCUAUAGUGAUGCCUUUGUAUCUAAUAUAGGUGACUAAAUAUUCUACAAAAUAUAGUGUAUAAUAAAUUAGACUUUAUAAUUAAAUAUUUAUAGGUAGGUUGACACAUUAAGUUAACCGACCACACAAGAACACAAUUUAUUAAAAGUAUUAAUUGUAUUGCUCCUUAAAUGUAUAAUAAAGUUGUGUUUUUUUUUUAAUUUGUCAAAUUGUAUCUAUCACAAAAUAUUUAUACCAAGGUAUAAUUAUUCAUUAUUAUUUAUUAUAUUAUAAAAAAGAAACAAUAUUAUUCAUGUAUGACUAAAAUAUUUUGUUAAUAAUCAAAUUACUACUUAAGUAGUAUUUAGUGAUCUUUAAAAUUGUUUAUUACCAUAUUUUUGUUUUAUUAAGUCUAAAUUGUCAAUUAUUUUCAGUAUUUCAAUAAUUAAUUUGUUUUGAAUUAUUCAUUCCACUAAAAAUGUUUAUUUAUUUUCCAUUUAAUUAUAAUUAAGCAACAAAUGUACUUGGUUUUUAAAUGUUCAUUUGACUAAAAUAUAUUUAUUUUUUGUAUAGUAAGCACAAAUUUGACUUUUUUUUAAAUAAUCAUAAACCUCGGUGAUAUUUAAAUUGUUUAUUACAUUAACUUGUGCUAUAUUAUAUAUUUCUUUGUGUAUGUUUUAUUUUGUAUUUUAAGUCAUAAAUUAAUCAUUAUUGCGCUAUAAAAUUAGACUUUGCAUUAGUUUUUUAUUUUUAAGUUUUCAAUUAUUAAAGACUAAAGUUAUUGACCAGAAAUGUCAAUGUUUCUUUUGACAAACAAAAAAUUGAGAAUUCAUAUUAUAAUAAUUCAACUUUUUAUAAAUUAAAGUCAUGUUAAAUGUUAUUAUAAUAUUAUAAGAGACUGAGUGUAAUUUAUAUUCAGUUGUUUUAAGAAUUAAUUAUAUUUUCAAUUUUAAAAAUAUUUAAAAUAUUAUGUUGUACAUUAAACAGAAAGAUUUUUUACUUGAUUUUUAUAUCACAAUAUGGUUGUAACUAUUUUAUUUUAAUGUAUCUGAUGAGUUGAAUGCUGUGUAAUAGUUAGUACCAUUUUUUACAUACAAAUGGACUACAUUACGUAUGCAUAUUAAUGUGAUGGGUACAAAAUAAUUAGACUAUUUAGUAUUUAACUGUCAAUCAAAAUUGUUUGUAUCAUGUGGUUGAUUUAAAUGUUAAUUUAAAAACAAUUUUAAUAUUGUAAGUGUUUAAGAAUGGACUUUAUUUUAAAUAACUGAGUUGUAUAAUAUUAUUUGUAAUGUUUUUUUCAAAGACUGCAUUUAAAUUAUGUCAUUAAAACAUACCUUUUGUUUACAUAUUGUAAAAUUAUUUUGUUUAUUUACUUUCAUUUAAAAGGUUCAACAUAGCAAUGGAAAAAUUGAUAAUUUUCACUUAAUAAAACUCAUUUAUAUCUAUCCUUUAAUUAAAUUAAGCGU